AUGGUUAGGAAUGUUGUCUGCUGCCGUAUUUCAAAUGCUUGCUAAUGCCCAUUUUGAAACACUCCAUAAAGUCGGAGCCAUAAAAAAGCGAAAAAAAUUCUCAAGAACACGAUUUUUACUAGGGCGCGAUUUUUUAUUUCGAACUCGCAAGUUCAACCGAAAAAAAUCACAAACUGUCACUACUUUCUUUUAACAGGCUUCAGCCAAGAUAUUUCUUCCAAACGAAUAAGUAGCCGAAGAGCAGGAGCAAUGACAGCUGGGCAAACGGUUUUGCAGAUGCCAUCAGCCUCAACAGGUUUAACUGCCAAGCUUCAUCCAACAGUUCUGUUUAACAUUUGUGAUUCAUAUGUUCGCCGGAACGACCAGGCGGAGCGCGUUAUUGGCACUCUUUUGGGCUCUGUUUCUUCCGAUGGAACUGUUGAUAUUCGCAAUUCAUACUGCGUCCCUCACAAUGAAUCUUCCGACCAGGUUGCAGUGGAUAUUGAUUACCAUCGUAAUAUGUAUGAGUUGCAUCAGCGAGUGAAUCCAAAAGAAGUUAUUGUUGGAUGGUAUUCUACAGGUUCAGGAGUAAGUGGUAGCAGUGCUUUGAUUCAGGAUUUCUAUGCAAGGGAAGUGACAAAUCCAGUCCAUUUGACUGUGGAUACAAGAUUUGAAAACAUUGAAGCUAGCAUCAGAGCCUACGUUUCAACCAUUUUAUCUCUUGGAGACCGACAGCUAGCAGCACAAUUUCAUGAAAUUCCUCUGGAUCUUCGAAUGGUUGAAGCUGAACGAGUUGGGUUUGAUGUGUUGAAGAAAACAAUUGUGGACAAGCUUCCAAAUGAUCUAGAAGGGCUGGAGGCUACCAUGGAGAGGUUGCUUGCUCUAAUAGAGGAUGUCUUCAAGUAUGUUGAUGAUGUAGUGCGAGGUCAAAUUGCUCCUGAAAAUAAUGUUGGGAGAUAUCUUAUGGACACAAUGGCUGCUAUACCAAAGAUGUCAUCAGAUGCAUUUGACAAACUAUUUAAUGACAGCAUACAGGAUCUGCUUCUAGUGAUCUACUUAGCUGGCCUCACAAAAUCCCAACUCACUCUUGCAGAGAAACUGAACACAGCUGCACAGAUACUAUGAUGAUUUAAACAGAAUAUGUUGAACCUUACUCUUUUAAACAUUAUUACAUCCAUGCAAUGUGAAUCGGGAUCACAAACUGAUCAUAUGAGAUGACCAAAUAGGCCAGGUUUGGCUUUUAUGGGCUUGGAGGAGUGCAUUUUGUGAGAGUUUUGCCACAAUUUAUAUGGAGCAUGUUUUGAUUUCUCGGAGGGAAAAUAAUCAAUUUUUUUCAUUCAUGUAGAGGGUUAAAUUCAUUUAAUUCUCAGUUAUCUCAAACACAGGUAACCGGCUCAUCUGCAUGCUAUUUGUAUCAUAGUUACAAAUAGUGAAUAUUGGAUAUGAUAAAUUGUUGAGCAUCACUGAUGCCUGCUGUGAGGCUUUUGUUAUAACACUCUCAUCCAUCCAAAUCCAUAGUUUAAUGACUAUACCCUAUUAAACCUUUUAGGCAGUGAUUGUGCUUUUAGUUGAAGUUAUGCAAACGAUAGUGUUCGUUUAAAGUUUGAUGGGAAACUUUCUAGCUGUGGUAAGAUGCUAUUUCCAGACAUACUAAAUUGACAUAAUGGUGAUUUGAGA